CAAUGCAUUUUAGCCUUAGGUGGCUUUCUUUUUUCUUUUUUUUUAAUUCACUUCUUUUCUUCCCCUCAACCUAUGCUUUCCCACUAUUAUAUAAUACCUGCUUCAUCUUUUGUUGGAGAGACAUUGAUACCUAGUGAUUAGCUUGGGGAAAAAAGAGGCAAAAACACAAAUGAUGAAGUUGAAGUCAAAGAGGUUUUGCAGAGGCAGCUUUAAGUUUGGCAAUGGUGGAAAUAGUGUAAAAGGUGGUGAAAAAAGAUGCGGAAACAAUGAUAAUACUAUUAUAAGUGAAAUCAAAUGGGAACUUAGGCCUGGUGGGAUGCUUGUUCAAAAGAGAGAAACCAGUUUUUCAAGUGUUGGAGAAGGGAUGAUCACUGUUAGAGUCUCAACUGUUUCUGAAUGCCAUGAUGUUUCCAUUGAAUCAACUUCCACAUUUGGGGAAUUGAAGAUGAUUUUGUCAUUGAUAACAAGCUUGGAGCCAAGAGAGCAAAGGCUAUUAUUCAAAGGGAAAGAAAGGGAAGAUGAUGAAUAUUUACACAUGGUUGGGGUCAAAGACAAAGAUAAAGUGCUUUUGCUUGAAGAUCCAGCAAUUAAGGAAAUGAAGAAGCUUCAUAGAUUGGCAGGAACCCAACAAAUUGGCACUCCAUAUUGCACCAUAAGUGUAUGACUCUGAUUAAAAAACAACCAAAAUAUUUCUACUCACUAACCGCCAAGAAAGUGCUGAAUUUAUGGGUGAAAGUAUCUUUUUCAAUGUUUCACUUUGAUUAGAUUAGGGACUUGGGUUGUAUUAAAAAGCUACAUAUAAUUCAAUAGGAAAGUGAGAUGCAUUGCCACAUAGUUUUCCAUAGUUUAAUUUGGUUAUAGCUAACAACCAAGUAGCUAUACCUCGGCAUUUAAGGUUUGGUAUUCAAGUUCUGAAAAUGGCAUCCUUUUCCUAUUUUGUAAUGAUUUUAUUAUAAAAAUAUGUUAUUUCUAAUUUUAUGUAA